CUGGUCCAGCAGGAUACACAGCAGCCAUUUACGCUGCAAGAGCAAAUUUAAAACCAAUAUUAUAUACAGGAUUGGAACCAGGAGGACAACUCAUGACUACAACUGAUGUAGAAAACUAUCCAGGUUAUCCAAAUGCAGUAACUGGACCAAAAAUGAUGAACGAUUUCCAACAACAAGCUGAAAGAGUUGGCACAGAAGUACGUUUUGGGUUAGUUACAAAAGUUGACUUCUCAGAGAAAAUACACAAAAUUUGGAUAGAUGACGAAAAAUUAAUUCAAGCAAGAACAGUAAUUAUAGCAACUGGAGCUAAAGCAAAAUGGUUGGGUAUACCUUCAGAAACAAGAUUAAAUGGUUCUGGUGUAUCUGCUUGUGCUGUAUGCGAUGGAUUUUUUUACAAAGGCAAGGAAGUAGGUAUAGUAGGUGCAGGCGAUACAGCAUGCGAAGAAGCUUUAUAUCUUUCUAAAUUAUGUCCUCAGGUACACAUGAUAGUAAGAAGAAGUGAAAUGCGUGCAUCUAAAAUUAUGCAAGACAGAGUCAUCAAUACACCCAAUAUAAAAAUAUACUGGAAUAGCGAAACGGAAGAGAUUUUAGGUGACAAAAAAGUAGAAGCAGUGCGUAUCAAAAACAAUCAAACACAAGAAAGUAGCGAAGUAAAAAUUGAAGGAUUCUUUGUGGCAAUAGGACACGAACCCAAUGCAUCUAUAUUCAAAUCAUAUAUAAAUACUGAUGAGGCUGGCUAUAUUAUUACAGAAGCAAAGAGUACAAGAACAAAUGUAGCUGGUGUAUUUGCAGCAGGCGAUGUACAAGACAAAAUUUAUAGACAAGCCGUAACUUCUGCUGGCUCUGGCUGCAUGGCAGCUUUAGAUGCAGAAAGAUAUUUGGCAGAGCAUUUUCAUUACAAUAAUAGAGUAAAAUCUAUUGAAAAAAUAUUAAAAGAUAAAGAAAACAAAGUUGAGCAGGAACAUGUGCAACUACAUCAAAAUUUAUCUGUAGUUGACUUAGCAUCAUUGGGUAUUGCGGCAAUUAUUGGCGCUGGUGUAUUUAGCACCAUUGGCUCUGCUUGUGCAGAUGGUGGUCCUGCUGUCAGUUUAUUAUUCUUGGGCAUUGCCGUAGCUUGUGGAUUUUCUGCUCUGUGCUACGCAGAGUUUGCCUCCAGAAUUCCUAUUGCAGGUAGUGCUUACACUUAUGCGUAUGCUACUUUUGGCGAAAUCAUUGCUUGGAUUAUUGGUUGGGAUUUAAUUUUAGAAUAUGCAAUUGGCAACAUUACAGUUUCUAUAGCUUGGGCAGGAAAUUUUGUUAAGUUUUUACAAGAUUGUGGUGUGGAGCGAUGGCUCAAUCAGAUGGGUUAUGAAUUUCCUUAUUAUCUUACUACUUCAUUUCUUGAAGCUCAAAAAAACAUACCAGAAUUAUACGCUACAGCACCUCAACUAUUAGGCAUACCAUUGAUUAUUAAUUUACCAGCUUUUUUUAUCAACUUUCUCAUUACAGUAUUAGUGUAUAUUGGCAUCAAAGAAUCAAAAAGAUUUGCUAAUGGUAUGGUUGUUUUUAAAAUAAUAGUGAUCUUAAUUAUUAUUGGCAUUGGAAUAUUUUAUGUGCAACCAGAAAACUGGAGUCCAUUUGCCCCAAAUGGAUUUGCUGGCGUUAUCAAAGGUGUAUCUGCCGUAUUUUUUGCAUACAUUGGAUUUGAUGCAAUUUCUACAACCGCAGAAGAAUGCAAAAAUCCACAAAAAGAUUUGCCACGUGGAAUGUUUUAUGCACUCAUUAUCGCUACCAUUUUAUAUGUACUUAUUAGUUUGGUACUUACAGGAAUGGUGCAUUAUACUCAAUUAAACAACGAAGCUUUUUUAGCUAAUGCUUUCACACAAAUAGGUAUGAAUUGGAUGGGCGGACUCAUUGCUUUUUCUGCUUUAAUUGCAACAGCAAGUGUACUGUUAGUUUUUCAAAUUGGACAACCAAGAAUUUGGAUGAGCAUCAGCAGAGAUGGUUUAUUACCAAAGAAAUUUUCAGAAAUACAUCAUAAAUACAAAACACCAGCGUUUGCUACAAUAGCCACUGGAAUAUUAGUAGAUUUGUGUAGCAUAGGUACUUUGUUUGCAUUUGCAUUGGUGUGUGCUGGUGUUUUGGUUUUGCAGGCAAGAGAUAAAAAACAGCCUAUACAAAAUACUACACCAAAAUUUAAAGUUCCAAAUAUUAAUGGAACACUGACUAUAUCAUUAUUAUGGCUAGUA